GCUUACCGGCCAGGGGUCCUUUGAGUGGCAGACCUGGGGCUCACAGCUGGAGCGUAAUAGGCUUAGGCUCUUCAGCCCUUCCGAUGACAGGGAACAGCCCUGUGUUUGCCAUGCAACAGAUGGUGGCGGGUGCGCCCCACGUACUGGUACGGAGAACCUUCCCCAGACCAGACCUCCUUAUGACAAGGACUCUGUGCAGCCCAGGUCCCAGCCAGCCCAGAGAGAAGCGACCAGAGGCUGCGGCCUUAGGGCUGUAUCACCGCCUCCCAGCACUGGGAAGAAGGCUGGGCCACACCAUCCGGCAACAGGCGUCCUCCACAGCCAAGGCUUGGUGGGACAGAUAUGAAGAGUUUGUGGGACUCAAUGAAGUCCGAGAGGCCCAGGGAAAUGUGACAGAGGCGGAGAAAGUGUUCAUGGUGGCCCGAAGCCUUGUCGGAGAGGCUCGGGAGGCUUUAGAAGCCCAGCAGGCUAAGCUGAAGGAGGUGAGGGACCGCUUGGACCGAGUCUCCAGAGAGGACAACCAGUACCUGGAACUGGCUACUUUGGAACACAGGAUGCUGCAGGAAGAAAAGAGGCUCCGAACAGCGUAUCUGCGUGCAGAAGACUCGGAGCGGGAGAAGUUCUCUCUCUUCUCUGCAGCUGUGCGGGAGAGUCAUGAGAAGGAGCGCACAAGGGCGGAGAGGACCAAGAACUGGUCCCUCAUUGGGUCCAUUCUAGGAGCUCUGAUUGGUGUGGCUGGCUCCACCUAUGUUAACCGGGUCCGGCUGCAAGAGCUGAAGGCCUUACUCCUGGAGGCCCAGAAAGGGCCCGCGAGUCUCCAGGAGGCCAUCCGUGAACAGGCUUCUAGCUACUCCCUCCAACAGAGAGACCUCCAGGACCUUAUGGUGGAUCUGAGGGGCCUGGUGCAUGCUGGGCAGGACCAGGGCUCCGGGUUACCAACAGGUACUCCUUCUGCCCCAGGAAAAGACAUCGAUGUCCUUUCAGCUGCCAUGAAAGAGCAGCUCAGUCAUUCCCGGCAGGUCCAUUCCUGCCUAGAGGGUUUACGAGAGCAGCUUGACGGCCUGGAAAAGACUUGCAGCCAAAUGGCUGGGGUGGUUCAGCUUGCAAAGGCUACAGUACAUCCAGGCCUGGUGGAGCCGGGAGAUGGGCCCCUGCCCAGCCCUCUGUUGGAACAUGGGAGCGUGAUCUUGGCCCUGUCUGAGGUGGAGCAGCGGUUAGAGGCCCGAGUCACCAGGAAUACUGUCUGCAGCACACUGGUCACCUGUGUCACUGUUAUAGCCACAUUGCCGGUGCUGUACAUGCUCUUCAAGACCAGUUAGCCCCGGCGCCCUUCUCCAGAGGGGCCUAAUGGUGACGGUGGCUUUUGUUGGUGAUAGAAUGAAUUUUAAGGUACACACACUUCAGCCUGACUCUGAGUGCCAUCAAGGGGGCUCACCGGCAGGUAUAUAUUUUGUAGGGAAUGCUUAUUUACAUUAUCAAAACUUUGUGCAAAUGUUCAAUUAAAACACCUAAGAGUUUGUAUUAUUUAAAAGA